AUGCUGAAGGUGUGUCGGACAUUGACAGCCUCUCGGAGCGUGGGCGGCGGAGAGCAUCAGGUGGAGAGCGUGGGCGGCGGAGAGAGCAUGGGCGGCGGAGAGCAUGGGCGGCGGAGAGGCAUGGGCGGCGGAGAGAGCGGAGAGCAUCAGGUGGAGAGCGUGAGCGGAGAGAGCAUGGGCGCGGAGGAGCGGCAGGUGGCGGCGGAGAGCAGAUGGAGCAGCGUGGGCGGCGGAGAGCAUGGGCAGGCGGACGAGCAUGGGCGGCGGAGAGGCAUCAGGCGGAGAGCAUCGUGGGCGGCGGAGAGCAUGGCGCGGCGGAGAGAGCAUGCGGAGCGAGAGCAUUUCAGUGGAGAGCAUGGGCGGCGGAGAGCAUGGGCGGCGGAGAGCAGCGAGAGCGUGGGCGGCGGAGAGAGCAUGGGCGGCGGAGAGCAUGGGCGGCGGAGAGCGUGGGCGGCGGAGAAAAGAGCAUGGGCGCGGAGAGCAUCAGGUGGAGUCGCAAAGCAUUGA